AGGCGCCGGGGGAGAGGUGUGAAGCGCAAGCGCACUAGUGCCUGCCCUGUCAGGAGCUCUGCCCCAGGGCAAGCGAGAGGGAAAAACUAGCCGCUGGUACAGCCGCGCUGCUAGGUGACCAACACCUUCACCCACGGUUCUGAGGCAAGCAAUGCUGCCUCCUCAUUGGCGCCCCGCGGGCUGUGACACAUAAGGCAGAGCCUAUCAGAGAAACGUGCGGCGGCCUGCCGGAAAAUGGAUGACGGCGCACGAGCAGUGCGCUUCCGGCUUGACAGGCGAUUGGCGCACACGGAAGAGCCGCGCCGGAAGUAGGCGGGUGACGUACUAGAUGUGAGUCCAGGGGCAGGCAGGCUGGCGCAUGCGCAGUUGAGAGCCGGCGGCGCGAAGUGACGAUGUCGGUGUUCCACGAUGAGGUGGAGAUCGAGGACUUCGAGUACGACGAGGAGACCGAGACCUACAGCUACCCGUGCCCGUGCGGGGACCGCUUCCUCAUCACCCGGGAGGAUUUGGAAAAUGGGGAGGAUGUGGCCACCUGCCCCAGCUGCUCCUUGAUUAUAAGGGUGAUCUAUGACCAGGAACAGUUUGUGUGUGGUGAAGUAGUCUCAGCACCUACAAGCAAGGAGUUGGUUAAAUGCUGACGAAUGCAAUAUAGACUCUGUUCUUCUAUAACAGAAAAAAAUAUGCGAUGUCAAUGUGGAAAAGACUCACAAAGUUCUAUACUUCUAGAGAUAUUUGCUCCUCGGAUACCAAUGCAGUGAUUGGCUACUAUCAGCUCCCUCUGGUAGUUAUGAAAUAACCUAAAACAUAAGUUGCUUUCUGCCUGAAAGCAUAUAAUUCUUAAAUUACUGUAAAAUGUUUUAAGACUUUGAGAAGCUCUUGAGGAUAGGAAUGCAAAUCAGAGAAAGCUUUUUCCAGUCCAUUGUGUGUAAGGUUGUGGAAUUUUUAUGCCAAAUCUAGCUAAGGAAUAGUUGUUCUCCAGUCUCUGGACCAGGAGACACUCUUUGGUGCUACACUGAAUGAAAUACUUGGAUCAUUGACCACUGGAGGCUUAAGAACAGGUUGUCUCUCUGUUAAUGAGAUCUGUUACAAAAUGAUUCACCACUUGGAAAAGUUGGACUGUUAGGAUGAUAGAAGAACUUUUAUGGUUUGAGCAAUAGAAAGUGUUUGGUUAGAAACAAACACAGCUGCGGUUUCAGUCUCCAGUAGGUACAACUUAUUUGUUGCACCUGUCAUAUCUGUUGUUCACUGCAUUAAAGUAAACAUCUUGCAUCCUAGGAUAUUAAGCAAUGGUUUAACUGGAAAUGGCUGCCAAGCUAAACUUACUUAAACUAAAUAACUUCCAAUUCUCUUGUUUACAUUGUGAGAAGUGAGACCUGGUGUGUUCCGUUCAGUAAUACUCAUGCAGGCCUGGGUAACUUCCCAUGAAUGUACAUUCACUCCUAUUGUGAUGAAUAGAUGUAACUGGAGGCAGCAUUUGAUCCAGUUUUUUCUGAACAACUUUGAUUAACUCAUCUGACCCUACAGCAUCAAAUAGUAAAUAGUACUGAGAAUAGCUCGCAGCCUGUUUGUCAGUGUAUGAAAAGUGUAGUUCUGUUUUAUUGUAUUUCUCAACAUUUAUAUUGGGCUUUACCAAUGUGGACUUUGAUCCAAUACAUACUUUCCCAGCAAGAAUGUCCAUGUAGGGAUAUGAGAGGUUAAUCGGUGAGGGUUGGAGCAGCUCCCCACUUGCCCUAGGGCAGGGCUCUGGGGACAGAAUGCAUUGCAGGCAGGGGCUGCUCCAGUCAUCCAGAGCAGCCCCUGCCUGUUGCAGGGUGAGGCUGCUCCAGCCCUGCUGCAGCAGGCUUCCCCCACCCCCGUUAAUUGUUUAAUUGAUUAACCGUUACAGUGUAAUGUUUAAGCAUUUAAACAAGAUUUUUACAUCCUUAUUUUCAUGUGCGGACUUGCACAUGACUAAAUGGUGGCUUUAAGAUAGAGAGAACUUUGAAAGAACACUCCAAAAUACUCUUCUUUUUGAGCUUAACAACACCUACGUGGUGUGUUUACUACUCCAGUUGCUCCGUUUGGGCACUUAAUAUAAAAGUCAGUUUCACUAUUUCUAGCUUUCCUGUGCUAACCGAAUCCUACGAUAAGUGAGUUGUACAUGAGGGUAUAACUAAAUCCAAACAAAAUCAUAGAGAAAAAUGUUAUGACACUUAGUAAAAUCUUGAUUUUGCAAAAUGUAGGUGGUUCAAAAAUGUGUCCGUUCACUACAAAUUCUCAAUCUGAGCUGGUGAUAACCAUAACUUUUGUUUCAGUGGUUGGCCAUGAGGUGGUGCUCACACCACUGGAUUCCUAUGUUUUAAAACUACUUUGGUCUUGAUUUAUUUAAAAUAUAUUUUUACAAAUAUUUAUUUUGUUUAUUUAAAUAAAAAAAUUUAAAUGACUAAUUGUAAUGGACCAUUAUUUAUUCUAAUUUUUUAGCACCUAGAACAAUGGGGCCCUCUUGUAUUGAUACUGAUUUGGCAUAAGGAGUUAAAGGUCUUUGAAUUCUUUUACUGUCCAAUAUUAAAUAGUGAUAGUCUAGGUUACUUUUUACAGAAAUCUUUGCAGACUCGCAAAAACAUUCAUUUAGGUUGAAAGCUUAUUGAUUAAACAUAAAGAGAAAAAGGAGUUUAAAAUAAGCAUUUAUAUUGAAACGGUGGUUGAAUGAUUAUAUCAAACUUAGACUAUAUCAGUAUAAACAUCAUUAAUAAUUUUUUAUUUCAAAGAAAGUUAAAUUUACACUUGCUCUUGAUGUGUGGAGGUCAUUCACUUAUCACUUAACAAAUAGACCGAUACAAGGUAGCACAGAAACAGAAUAGAAAAAAAUAGGUCACACACAUUUAGUUGAUAUUUUUUGGAAAACUGGACUGCUGGUUCACUGUAAGUAAAUGUUUUAGCUGGCAUGUCAACCAUGACACCUGCUGCUUAGACCUUGGUUCAGGCUCUGGUCAGGGACGUCAUCUGAUUGGAUCCUUUCUCCUUAAACGUGGAAGGAUGAAUGCUGUAGAGUUGAUUUCAGCAUUCAAUGAAAAGCUCAGAGAAUUGAGAGGAACAAAAACAAGGGAGAUUGAAAACAGCACAACAAGGGAAAGUCAACUAGAUAUUUCCCCACCCGGGGGUAAGGACCAGAUGUCACCAUGAUUGUUGACUUUCAGUGCACUCAGAUGAAAAUAAAAUUCCUUAAGCAGGAACAAAGCCAGCUGGUUUUCCUCUUGAGAAGGAAGUCCCUUAGCCUUGUCUGCUCUUUCUGCCUUGAGGUUGAGGAAGCUCAGAUGAGUCCCAUUAUUACAGAGGAAUGUAUCAGGAUUAAUGAGUUGGGAGAGAAGCUGGGGGGAGUUACUUCUUUUUCAUGUCUGAAAGAGAAACCGUGGGUGCUGAAUUUUAUCCUAUUAUUUUGUAAACUAAUUAAAUUUAUUUCUGUAAAGCCAAAUGUGGCAGAGGUUGUUCCCACCUUUUCUUGUUUACUAAAUAUGAUCUCGCCACAGUCUUUGACUAUUAUUUAUAGGCCUUUUUUAUUUGGACUAAUUUAAAUUUUCUGAUUAGUUUUCAUGGACCUGUCUAUAACAUUCAUUUAUUGAAAACAACUGCGCUUGUUUUCUGUGAUUAAUUCCUAGUUAGGCAAGAAGUCUUAGGAUGUAGUUACAUUUUGUGAACUUGCGUGUACUUCACACAAUGGAAUUUAGGCACAUUUUUAGGUCUAAUAAUCAUAGUAAGACUGAAAGUGACUGACUGCCCACUAUUGUAAUAUAAGUAAAGCCCUUAAUAUUUGCUUGUACUAAACUUGUCAGAAAAAUUCCUGUUUUCUAGCUACAUUAAUCUAAUGAUGGGAGUGGGUCAAUAGUGACUAAUACGACUAUGUAGUUAAGGAGUCUGUUGUAUCAUUAUGGCUAUUUUAUUGCUACACAUAAUGAAGAAAUCAAACAGGGAUUCUAGACACCACUGUUGUUUCACAGAAUUAACAAGGCUUUGUAUUUUCAUCAGGAGUAAAAUAAGAAAUAUUUUUUUCAUCUUCAAAGAGAUUAUAAAUACAGAACUGAAAGGAGUAGCUCAUCUGAUAUGAGGGAUUUUGGUAGAUUGUCUCUAUUCUCUGCCAGCCUUGGCUCCAAAUCUACUUAUUUAUGAGAAUGUUCUAUGUCUGUAUUAAACUCAGAAAUAAAAAAAAAUAAUGCUGAACAUUAUCAGGCUGUGGAAUUUGCCUAGAACCUAUCCCUUCUGCUCCAUAAUCCAAACUGUCAUUUAAAAAUAUAGCGGUUUAAAUUUGUGAAGGGUAUACAAGCCAAUGCUACAAUGUCUUCUGAGUCUGAACAGCCUGCAAUAAUUUCUCCUUCUUGGACCCUGAAUUAAAAGAGAGCUGCAUCUUAUGCUAUUGUACUGAAUGACAGUUCAAAUACAUAGAUAAAGUUUGUGUCUAUACACCUGGAAGUAAGAAUACUGCAUAAUAAUUAUAGGAAAUUGCAUAAGGACAAUAACAGCUAAAUAUAACUCAUCAUUGGUAUCCGCCCUUGGUGAACUUAAUUACUUUUCCUGUAACUUCUGUAUUGCCAUUGUUUCAUGUACAUUCGAAUAAUUCUCUUUUAGUAUCUUAUUUUCCUCUCUAGACAAGUUCUGUGGUGGUCUUUAAUUUAUUUUCAGUAAUGCUAAUGGCAGACAUUCAAAUUUUACAUGUUAUCCCUUACCCCCCAAAAAAUCAUGAAAUUGAGAUUUUAGAAAUUGCAAGUUGAGGAGUUUUUUUUUAUUUGUCUUUUGGUAUUGGAGCCUUCAAGAUCAUAUUUUCAAGCUUGUCUUUGCAACUGCCAGGGCUAGGAACUUUUUUUUGAAAAAUGAUUCAGUUGAUUAGGUAAGAAUCUCAGCUUUCAAGAGCUGGAGCUCUAAGAAAAACUCCAAAUACGGUGAGAUUCACAAUAAAAUUGUGAGAGUUGGUGCUGCUGUGUAACAUUUAUAAUCCAUCUUGGUAACUAUGAUGCCUUUUUGCCUCCUCGUAUUGUGAAGUGUGAUGUUUACUGUUUGGAUUCACCCUUAGUAUUUUUAGGCAAGCCUGCCAACAAAGACACAUCUUCUAUUCCAUGCCUAACUUAUUCUGUCCACCAUAAGGCUAAACAGUUGGAAUAUUGUGACCAUGGACUUUGAUGGGUAGGCUCACAAU